AUGAUUCUGGUGAAACCCGGUAUGGGGUUCCCCCCAGACACCACCUUCUACCACAAGGGCUUCUUCUGGAGGUGCUCCUUCGGGGGCAACCUGGACGACCACACCAUCUUGAAGUUCUGGAUCAGUAAGUCAGAUAAUACUUCACUACUUGUAUAAAGUAGAACACUGGGGUAUUGGCCGUGCUCAAUAUGCGCCACUCCUCACUUUCCUUCUCUCUCUCAUUGGUCUUUCACUCCACUCUCCACUUUCCCUCUCUCUCUCAUUGGUCUUUCACUCCACUCUCCACUUUCCCUCUCUCUCUCAUUGGUCUUUCACUCCACUCUCCACUUUCCCUCUCUCUCUCAUUGGUCUUUCACUCCACUCUCCACUUUCCCUCUCUCUCUCAUUGGUCUUUCACUCCACUCUCCACUUUCCCUCUCUCUCUCAUUGGUCUUUCACUCCACUCUCCACUUUCCCUCUCUCUCUCAUUGGUCUUUCACUCCACUCUCCACUUUCCCUCUCUCUCUCAAUGGUCUUUCACUCCACUCUCCACUUUCCCUCUCUCUCUCAUUGGUCUUUCACUCCACUCCUCCCACUUUCCCUCUCUCUCUCAUUGGGCUUUCACUCCACUCCCACUUUCCCUCUCUCUCCUCAUUGGUCUUUCACUCACUCUCCACUUUCCCUCUCUCUCUCAUUGGUCUUUCACUCCACUCUCCACUUUCCCUCUCUCUCUCAUUGGUCUUUCACUCCACUCUCCACUUUCCCUCUCCUCUCUCAUUGGUCUUUCACUCCACUCUCCACUUUCCCUCUCUCUCUCAUUGGUCCUUUCACUCCACUCUCCACUUUCCCUCUCUCUCUCAAUGGUCUUUCACUCCACUCUCCACUUUCCCUCUCUCUCUCAAUGGUCUUUCACUCCACUCUCCACUUUCCCUCUCUCUCUCAUUGGUCUUUCACUCCACUCUCCACUUUCCCUCUCUCUCUCAUUGGUCUUUCACUCCACUCUCCACUUUCCCUCUCUCUCUCAUUGGUCUUUCACUCUAUCCUAUUGCUUUCUCUCAUUUACAUGUUGGCCAGUACAGGGCCAGUAUGAAACAAUGCAAACAAUUCACGACAGCAGAGAGGAAGAGGCGAAGCGAGAGGUUUCACUCCCGCCAAAAUCUGUCCAAAAUAAACCCAAUGCGUUUCUAUUCGGACAACCAGUGGUGGAAAAACUACCCAAUUGUCAUACUUGAGUAAAAGUAAAGAUACAGUGAGGGAAAUAAAGUAUUUGAUCCCCUGCUGAUUUUGUACGUUUGCCCACUGACAAAGAAAUGAUCAGUGAGAGACAGAAUAACAUAAAAAAAAUCCAGAAAAACACAUGUCAAAAAUGUUAUAAAUUGAUUAGCAUUUUAAUGAGGGAAAUACAGUGGGGGAAAAAGUAUUUAGUCAGCCACCAAUUGUGCAAGUUCUCCCACUUAAAAAGAUGAGAGAGGCCUGUAAUUUUCAUCAUAGGUACACGUCAACUAUGACAGACAAAUUGAGAAUUUUCUUUCCAGAAAAUCACAUUGUAGGAUUUUUUAUGAAUUUAUUUGCAAAUUAUGGUGGAAAAUAAGUAUUUGGUCACCUACAAACAAGCAAGAUUUCUGGCUCUCACAGACCUGUAACUUCUUCUUUAAGAGGCUCCUCUGUCCUCCACUCGUUACCUGUAUUAAUGGCACCUGUUUGAACUUGUUAUCAGUAUAAAAGACACCUGUCCACAACCUCAAACAGUCACACUCCAAACUCCACUAGGGCCAAGACCAAAGAGCUGUCAAAGGACACCAGAAACAAAAUUGUAGACCUGCACCAGGCUGGGAAGACUGAAUCUGCAAUAGGUAAGCAGCUUGGUUUGAAGAAAUCAACUGUGGGAGCAAUUAUUAGGAAAUGGAAGACAUACAAGACCACUGAUAAUCUCCCUCGAUCUGGGGCUCCAUGCAAGAUCUCACCCCGUGGGGUCAAAAUGAUCACAAGAACGGUGAGCAAAAAUCCCAGAACCACACGGGGGGACCUAGUGAAUGACCUGCAGAGAGCUGGGACCAAAGUAACAAAGCCUACCAUCAGUAACACAGUAUGCCGCCAGGGACACAAAUCCUGCAGUGCCAGACAUGUCCCCCUGCUUAAGCCAGUACAUGUCCAGGCCCGUCUGAAGUUUGCUAGAGUGCAUUUGGAUGAUCCAGAAGAGGAUUGGGAGAAUGUCAUAUGGUCAGAUGAAACCAAAAUAUAACUUUUUGGUAAAAACUCAACUCGUCGUGUUUGGAGGACAAAGAAUGCUGAGUUGCAUCCAAAGAACACCAUACCUACUGUGAAGCAUGGGGGUGGAAACAUCAUGCUUUGGGGCUGUUUUUCUACAAAGGGACCAGGACGACUGAUCCGUGUAAAGGAAAGAAUGAAUGGGGCCAUGUAUCGUGAGAUUUUGAGUGAAAACCUCCUUCCAUCAGCAAGGGCAUUGAAGAUGAAACGUGGCUGGGUCUUUCAGCAUGACAAUGAUCCCAAACACACCGCCCAGGCAACGAAGGAGUGGCUUCGUAAGAAGCAUUUCAAGGUCCUGGAGUGGCCUAGCCAGUCUCCAGAUCUCAACCCCAUAGAAAGUAUUUGGAGGGAGUUGAAAGUCCGUGUUGCCCAGCGACAGCCCCAAAACAUCACUGCUCUAGAGGAGAUCUGCAUGGAGGAAUGGGCCAAAAUACCAGCAACAGUGUGUGAAAACCUUGUGAAGACUUACAGAAAACGUUUGACCUGUGUCAUUGCCAACAAAGGGUAUAUAACAAAGUAUUGAGAAACUUUUGUCAUUGACCAAAUACUUAUUUUCCACCGUAAUUUGCAAAUAAAUUCAUAAAAAAUCCUACAAUGUGAUUUUCUGGAUUUUUUUCUUCUCAUUUUGUCUGUCAUAGUUGAUGUGUACCUAUGAUGAAAAUGACAGGCCUCCUUCAUCUUUUUAAGUGGGAGAACUUGCACAAUUGGUGGCUGACUAAAUACUUUUUUUCCCUACUGUAAGUAUUUGACCCCCUCUCAAUCAGAAAGAUUUCUGGCUCCCAGGUGUCUUUUAUACAGGUAACGAGCUGAGAUUAGGAGCACACUCUUAAAGGGAGUGCUCCUUAUCUCAGCUUGUUACCUGUAUAAAAGACACCUGUCCACAGAAGCAAUCAAUCAAUCAGAUUCCAAACUCUCCACCAUGGCCAAGACCAAAGAGCUCUCCAAGGAUGUCAGGGACAAGAUUGUACACCUACACAAGGCUGGAAUGGGCUACAAGACCAUUGCCAAGCAGCUUGGUGAGAAGGUGACAACAGUUGGUGUGAUUAUUCGCAAAUGGAAGAAACACAAAAGACCUGUCAAUCUUCCUCGGCCUGGGGCUCCAUGCAAGAUCUCACCUCGUGGAGUUGCAAUGAUCAUGAGAACGGUGAGGAAUCAGCACAGAACUACAUGGGAGGAUCUUGUCAAUGAUCUCAAGGCAGCUGGGACCAUAGUCACCAAGAAAACAAUUGGUAACACACUACGCCGUGAAGGACUGAAAUCCUGCAGCGCCCGCAAGGUCCCCCUGCUCAAGAAAGCACAUAUACAGGGCCGUCUGAAGUUUGCCAAUGAACAUCUGAAUGAUUCAGAGGAGAACUGGGUGAAAGUGUUGUGGUCAGAUGAGACCAUCAUCUCAACUCGCCAUGUUUGGAGGAGGAGGAAUGCUGCUAAGGGGGCAGGACAACUUCACCGCAUCAAAGGGGCGAUGGACGGGGCCAUGUACCGUCAAAUCUUGGGUGAGAACCUCCUUCCCUCAGCCAGGGCAUUGAAAAUGGGUCGUGGAUGGGUAUUCCAGCAUGACAAUGACCCAAAACACACGGCCAAGGCAACAAAGGAGUGGCUCAAGAAGAAGCACAUUAAGGUCCUGGAGUGGCCUUGCCAGUCUCCAGACCUUAAUCCCAUAGAAAAUCUGUGGAGGGAGCUGAAGGUUCGAGUUGCCAAACGUCAGCCUCGAAACCUUAAUGACUUGGAGAAGAUCUGCAAAGAGGAGUGGAACAAAAUCCCUCCUGAGAUGUGUGCAAACCUGGUGGCCAACUACAAGAAACGUCUGACCUCUGUGAUUGCCAACAAGGGUUUUGCCACCAAGUACUAAGUCAUGUUUUGCAGAGGGGUCAAAUACUUUUUUCCCUCAUUAAAAUGCAAAUCAAUUUAUAACAUUUUUGAAAUGCGUUUUUCUGGAUUCUUUUGUUGUUAUUCUGUCUCUCACUGUUCAAAUAAACCUACCAUUAAAAUUAUAGACUGAUCAUGUCUUUGUCAGUGGGCAAACGUACAAAAUCAGCAGGGGUUCAAAUACUUUUUUCCCUCACUGUACCUUAAUAGAAAAUGACUCAAGUAAAAGUGAAAGUCACCCAGUAAAAUACUACUUGAGUAAAAGUCUAAAAGUAUUUGGUUUUAAAAAUACUUAAGUAUCAAAAAUAAAUUUAAUUGCAAAAAUAUACUUAAGUAUCAAAAGUAAAAUUACAAGUAUAAAUCAUUUCAAAUUGCUUAUAUUAAGCAAACUUGACGGCAUAUUUUCUUGUUUUUUCAAUUUACGGAUAGCCAGGGGCACACUACAAGACGCAGAUGUCACGAUGUCGGUGUAUGCGGUAGACUGAAGUCAGGCGCAGGACACAGAAUUCAAGGGAAAAACGUAACUUUACUAAAGCUCGUAAAGAAACAAGAAGCCUCCACGCAGGGAGGAAUAAAUCCGCUCACCAAUGACAUACGAGUACAAGCAACAAACACGCACAGAACACAAUGGGAGCCACAGAGUUAAAUAGGGGCGGAGUAAUCACAAGAUGGGCAACAGGUGUGAAACAAUCUGACACAACAGGUAGAACAUAGAAAAUAGAUCGGCAGCAGCUAGUACUCCGGUGACGACGAACGCCGAAACCUGCCCGAGCAAGGAGGAGGGGCAGCCUCGGCAGAAUCCGUGACAGUACCCCCCGACGCGCGGCUCCAGCCGUGCGUCGACACUGGCCUCGGGGACGGCCAGGAGGACGCGGCGCGGGGCGAGUGGGAUGAUUGCGGUGGUAAUCCCUCAACAUGGAUGGAUCGAGGAUAUCCCUCCUAGGAACCCAGCACCGUUCCUCCGGACCGUACCCCUCCCACUCCACGAGAUACUGCAGGCCCCCCACCUGACGCCUCGAAUCCAAUAUGGACCGAACCGAGUACGCCGGUGCCCCCUCGAUGUCCAGCGGGGGCGGAGAAACCUCCUGUAUCUCCGACUCCUGGAGUGGACCAGCUACCACCGGCCUGAGGAGAGACACAUGGAACGAGGGGUUAAUACGAUAAUUAGUAGGAAGUUGUAACCUAUAACAUACCUCGUUCAAUCUCCUCAGGACUUUGAAUGGCCACACAAACCGCCGACCCAGUUUCCGGCAGGGCAGGCGAAGGGGCAGGUUUCGGGUCGAGAGCCAGACCCGGUCCCCCGGUGCAUACACCGGGGCCUCACUGCGGUGGCGGUCGGCGCUCGCCUUUUGCCGCCUGAUGGCCCGCUGCAGACGUACAUGGACAGCGUUCCAGGUCUCCUGCGAGCGCCGAAACCACUCAUCCACCGCAGGUGCCUCGAUCUGGCUCUGAUGCCAAGGUGCCAGGACCGGCUGAUAACCUAAUACACAUUGGAACGGAGAAAGGUUAGUGGAGGAGUGGCGGAUGGAGUUCUGGGCUAUCUCUGCCCAGGGGAGGUAAACCGACCACUCCCCCCGCUGGUCCUGGCAAUACGACCUCAGAAACCUACCCACCUCCUGGUUAACUCUCUCCACCUGCCCGUUACUCUCGGAGUGAAAUCCUGAGGUCAGACUGACCGAGACUCCCAGACGUUCCAUGAACGCCCUCCAAACCCUAGAGGUGAACUGGGAACCCCGAUCAGACACUAUAUCCUCAGGCACCCCGUAGUGAAGGAAGACGUGUGUAAAUAGGGCCUCAGCUGUUUGUAGGGCCGUAGGGAGGCCGGGCAGCGGAAUGAGGCGGCAGGACUUAAAAAACCGAUCCACAACAACCAGGAUCGUGGUGUUCCCUUGUGAGGGGGGGAAGAUCCGUCACGAAGUCCACCGAUAGGUGGGACCAUGGUCGUUGUGGAACGGAUAGAGGUUGCAAUUUCCCUCUGGGCAGGUGUCUAGGAGCCUUACACUGGGCGCACACCGAGCAGGAGGAAACAUAAACCCUCACGUCCUUAGCUAAGGUGGGCCACCAGUACUUCUCACUAAGACAGUGCACUGUCCGACCGAUACCAGGAUGACCAGAGGAGGGUGAUCGCGGACAUCAAGCGGUACGUACACACGACCCUCUGGACACUGGGGAGGAGUGGGUUCACUGCGCAAUGCCCGCUCGAUCUCUGCGUCAACCUCCCACACCACCAGUGCCACCAGACACGACGCCGGAAGUAUGGGAGUGGGCUCCACGGAACUCCCCUCUGAGUCAUACAGUCGGGACAGAGCAUCUGCCUUAGCGUUCUGGGAACCUGGCCUGUAAGAAAGGGUGAAAACAAAACGGGUGAGAUACAUGGACCACCUUGCCUGGCGAGGGUUUAACCUCCUCGCUGCCCGGAUGUACUCCAGAUUGCGGUGAUCAGUCAAAAUGAGAAAAGGGUGUUUAGCCCCCUCAAGCCAAUGUCUCCACGCUUUCAGAGCUUCGACCACAGCCAACAGCUCCCGGUCCCCCACAUCAUAGUUGCGCUCCGCCGGGCUGAGCUUCUUCGAAAAGAAGGCACAGGGGCGGAGUUUAGGUGGCAUACCCGAGCGCUGAGACAGUACAGCGCCUAUUCCAGCCUCGGAUGCAUCCACCUCAACCGUGAAGGCUAAAUAGGGGUCCGGAUGAGCCAGCACUGGAGCCGAGGUAAACAGGUCCUUCAAAUUAUUAAAAGCCCUGUCCGCCUCCGCUGACCACUGCAGACGCACCGGCCCCCGCUUCAGUAACGAGGUAAUGGGAGCUGCUACCUGACCAAAGCCCCGGAUAAAUCUCCGGUAGUAAUUAGCAAAACCCUAAAAUCGCUGCACCUCCUUUACUGUGGUUGGAGUCGCCCAAUUACGCACGGCCGAAAUGCGGUCACUCUCCUUCCUCACCCCUGACGCGGACAUAUGGUACCCCAAGAAAGAGAUGGACUCCUGGAAGAACAGGCAUUUCUCUGCCUUAGCAUACAGGUCAUGCUCCAACAGUCUUCCAAGCACCUUACGCACCAGGGACACAUGCUCGGCACGUGUAGCAGAGUAUAUAAGGAUGUCAUCAAUAUACACCACUACCCCUUGUCCGUGCAGGUCCCUGAAAAUCUCAUCCACAAAUGAUUGGAAAACUGAAGGAGCAUUAACCCGUAUGGCAUGACCAGAUACUCAAAAUGUCCAGAGGUGGUGCUAAAUGCCGUCUUCCACUCAUCUCCCUCACGGAUACGCACUAGGUUGUAUGCGCUCCUGAGAUCCAAUUUUGUGAAAAAGCGUGCCCCGUGCAAUGAUUCCGUCAUACUAGCUGUUAGAGGUAAUGGAUAGCUGUACUUGAUGGUAAUCUGAUUUAGGCCACGGUAAUCAAUGCACGGGCGUAACCCACCAUCUUUCUUCUUCACAAAAAAGAAACUUGAGGAAACGGGUGAAGUGGAUGGCCGAAUGUAUCCCUGCCUCAGAGAUUCGGUGACAUAUGUCUCCAUAGCCGCCUUCUCCUUCUGAGACAAAGGAUACACGUGACUCCGGGGAAGUGCAGCUCCUACCUGGAGAUUUAUCGCACAAUCCCCCGGACGAUGGGGUGGUAAUUUAGUCGCCCUCUUUUUGCUGAAGACGAUAGCCAAAUCGGCAUACUCGGAUGGAAUGUGCAUGGUGGAAACCUGGUUUGGACUUUCCACCGAAGUUGCCCCCAAGGAAACUCCUAAACACCUCCCUGAACACUGACUGGACCAUCCCUUGAGAGCCCUCUGUUGCCAUGAAAUAGUGGGGUCAUGAAUGGCUAACCAGGGAAGUCCCAACACCACAGGAUGCGCAGGAGAAUCAAUCAGAUAGAGGCUAAUCCUCUCCUCAUGACCCCCCUGCGUCAUCAUCAGCAGAGGAGCGGUGACCUCCCUGAUUAUGCCUGACCCUAACGGGCGACUAUCUAAGGCGUGAACAGGGAAAGGUUUAUCAACAGACACUGUGGGAAUCCCUAGGCUACGUGUAUACUGGCGAUCAAUAAAAUUCCCAGCCGCGCCUGAAUCUACUAGCGCCUUAUGCUGGGAAUGAGGAGCAAAUUCUGGAAACAUAAUGUCGAUACACAUAUUAGCAACAGGGAACUCUGGGUGAGUCGGGUGCCUACUCACCUGAGACGGUCGACCAGUGCUCUGCCUGCUGCCUCGACCUCCUGAGAAAUCUCCCCUGCACCGACCAGCAGUGUGUCCUCUGCGGCCACACUUGGUGAAGGGGACAGUCUCUCUCCCAGUCUCCCUACCUGCAGCACCUCCUAGCUCCAUAGGUGUAGGCUCGGAGGUGCUGGGAGAUGAAAUGGACAGGCCCCCAUCAGAACGUCCGUGGGCUGCCAACAGGUUAUCCAACCGGAUGGACAUGUCCACCAGUUGGUCCAGGUUGAGAUUGGUGUCCCUGCAGGCCAGUUCCCGACAGACGUCCUCCCUUAAGCUGCAACGAUAGUGGUCGAUAAGGGCCCGCUCAUUCCAUCCCGCGCUGGCUGCUACAGUCUUGAACUCCAGCGCAAACUCCUGCGCGCUCCUCAUCUCCUGUCUUAGGUGGACCAGACAUUCUCCCGCCGCUCUCCCCUCAGGUGGAUGAUCGAAUACCGCCCGGAAGCGGCGGGUGAAAUCCGCGUAGCGGACAGUUCUCGAGUCUAUAUUUCUCCACUCGGCGUUAGCCCACUCAAGCGCCUUCCCCGAUAGACAGGAGAUGAGGGCGGACACGCUCUCGUAUCCCGAGGGCGCCGGGUGAAUGGUGGCCAGGUAGAGCUCUACCUGGAGGAGAAAUCCCUGGCACCCGGAAGGUGUACCGUCAUAUGCCCUUGGGAGCGAGAGCCGAAUCCCACUGGACCCAGGUGGUGAAGUGGUAGCCAGUGUAGCAGGUGGUGGUGUGGUGGGACAUGGUGAAGGGAUACCACCUCUCGCCAAUCGCUCCAUCAUCUGGAAAACUCGUUCCAUCGUCUCACCGAGAUUCUGGAGGAUCGUCCCUUGACGUUGGACUCGUUCCUCCAUCGUCUCGGUAGAUCCAGUCGUUCCUGCUGACUCCAUUGUGGUGCGUGUUUCUGUCACGAUGUCGGUGUAUGCGGUAGACUGAAGUCAGGCGCAGGACACAGAACUCAAGGGAAAAACGUAACUUUACUAAAGCUCGUAAAGAAACAAGAAGCCUCCACGCAGGGAGGAAUACAUCUGCUCACCAAUGACAUACGAGUACAAGCAACAAACACGCACAGAACACAAUGGGAGCCACAGGGUUAAAUAGGGCCGGAGUAAUCACAAGAUGGGCAACAGGUGUGAAACAAUCUGACACAACAGGUAGAACAUAGAAACAUAGAACAUAGAUCGGCAGCAGUUAGUACUCCGGUGACGACGAACGCCGAAACCUGCCCGAGCAAGGAGGAGGGGCAGCCUCGGCAGAAUCCGUGACAGCAGACAUAAUUUACAAACGAAGCUUUUGUGUUCAGUGAGUCCUCCAGAACAGAGGCAGAAGGGAUGACCAGGGAUGUUCUCUUGAUAAAUGGGUGAGUUGGACCAUUUUCCUGUCCUGCUAAGCAUUCAAAAUGUAACGAGUGCUUUUGGGUGUCAGGGAAAAUGUAUGGAGUAAAAUCUACAUUUUUUUCUUUAGGGAUGUAGUGAAGUAAAAGUUGUCAAAAAUAUAAAUAAUAAAGUAAAGUACAGAUACCCCCAAAAAACUACUUAUGUAGUACUUUCAAGUAUAUUUACUUAAGUACUUUACACCACUGGGGACAACGGCUCCAAUUGUUAGGGCAGAGACAUGAGCACCGCUCGUUUAUCGAAUGUGACUUCUUGAUGCCUUGAAGUGCUACGAGACUCCUAUCAUGUGAUAUUAUUCCCGGGUCAUGUGACUCUGUGGAAAGGCUGCAUGUGCUGUUAUUCAGUUCCGUUGUCAUCUGAUGAGACGUGUUGACAGUCAUUGUCACAAACACCCUCAAGCUCAGGGAAUGACCUGGAGAGAGUCUGCUGAAUUCCACAAGGAAGAGGAGAGCGGGCGAGAGGAGAAAGAGAGACGAAACAGAAAAAAUAGAGUGUUUGAGUACAAGUUAGAUGACAUUUCAUGCAAUUAUCAAAUGUAAUGCAUUUGAUAGAACGGUAAAACUAUGCCAGCUUGUUCUCUGUAUAGAUCCUACUAGUACAUGCUUUGUAAUAUAAGGGCCCUUGAUGAGGAGAGGAUAGUUGAAUAAAUGUUGUUUCCACGUCAUUUCAACAAAAAUUACAUUGAAGCAAAGUGGAAAACUGAUUGGAUUUGCAAAAGGUAAGGGAAUUUCAUAAUUUUUUUCACCUAACUUUUAACGGAUAUCCAAUGACAUGGUGGCAUUUUUGGUUGAUUUGACGUUUAAUUCAUGUUAGUUGACAGCUCAACAAAAUGUAAAUCAAAACUAGACGUUGAACUGACAUCUGUGCCCAGUGGGUAUAGUUUUGUUGUUGCCGUCAUAUUAGUAGUAUAAUAUUAUAUGAUUUAAUGUAUGUAACAAUGUGUUUGUUUGUCUCUCACUAGCCAAUCAGCCACACGCCAAAGUCUGCACGCACGCCUACCUCUUCCCCUUUCCAGUGUCUCAACAGACUCACAAUGCCACUGCAUAUGACUCUGCAAUCAAUAAGUGCUUUUCUCUCUGUGUGUGUGUAUUAUAUGUCAUUGCAUAUACAGUGCAUUCAGAAAGUAUUCAGACCCCUGGACUUUUUCCACAUUUUGUUAGGUUACAGCCUUAUUCUAAAAUAGAUUAAAUAGUUUUUUCCCCUCAUCAAUCUACACACAAUACCCCAAAAUGACAAAGCAAAAACAGGUUUUCAGAAAUGUUUGUUAAUUUAUUCAAAAUAAAAAAUGGAUAUAUUACAUUUACAUAAGUAUUCAGACCCAUUACUCAGUACAUUGACAUUUUAGUCAUUUAGCAGACGCUCUUAUCCAGAGCGACUUACAGUUAGUGAGUGCAUACAUUUUCAUACUGGCCCCCCGUGGGAAACGAACCCACAACCCUGGCGUUGCAAGCUCCAUGCUCAACCAACUGAGCCACAACCUCCACUCACUAUAACAGGGGUUAGACACUACACAGACUCAUUUCCUAGAACUUUAAAACACUGGCAGUUUGUCUACUUCACUUCUUUAGUCUACUCUCUGAUCACUCCAGAUAGCCCAGUGAAUAAAACAAAUGCUGACAAAAUUGGUGUCAAACCAUGCAAGUCUGAGUAGCAUGGAAUAACAUACCAUCUUAUUGAAACAGUUCAUCAAGAAACAGUUCUACUGCAACUUUUCAUGCACAGUGGGAAGUUGGAACGAACAACAAACUUAGUUAGAUAGAACCUGCUCUUACCAUGAGAAACAGAUUUCCCCAUCUUCUCCUCCUCUUCUUCAUCUUUAAUGUUGACAUUCAGCUUCAGUGUUUGACUGCAGUCUUCCAGCUUCACUGAUGCCAUCUCUGGAUCCUGCUUAGCAAACUGGGCUCCACUGUCACAAUCAGGACCCACUGACUGUAGGUUUGGACUCAGUGUGGAAGGAGAGAGGCUCGCUGGGUUUGUCCUCACUAUUGAUGUUACCGGCCUCAGAUUUAAUUCUAGUCGUCCAUGAAAAACAGUACUUUGUUGAAGCACCUUUGGCAGCGAUUACAGCCUCGAGUCUACUUGGGUAUGACGCUACAAGCUUGGCACACCUGUAUUUGGGGAGUUUCUCCCAUUCUUCUCUGCAGAUCCUCUCAAGCUCUCUCAGGUUGGAUGGGGAUCGUUGUUGCACAGCUAUUUUCAGGUCUCCCCAGAGAUGUUCGAUUGGGUUCAAGUCCAGGCUCUGGCUGGGCCACUCAAGGACAUUCAGAAACUUGUCCCGAAGCGUUGCCUUGGCUGUGUGCUUAGGGUCGUUGCCCUUCUCCCCUGAUUGCUCAGUUUGGCCGGGCAGCCAGCUCUAGGAAGAGUCUUGGUGGUUCCAAACUUCUUCCAUUUAAGAAUGAUGAAGGCCACUGUGUUCUUGGGGACCUUCAAUGCUGCAGACAUUUUUUGGCACCGUUCCCCAGAUCUGUGUCUCUACACAAUCCUGUCUCGGAGCUCUAUGGACAAUUCCUUCGACCUCAUGGCUUGGUUUUUGCUCUGACAUGCACUGUUAACUGUGGGACCUUAUAUAGACAGGUAUGUGCCUUUCCAAAUCAUGUCCAAUCAAUUGCAUUUACCACAGGUGGAUUCCAAUCAAGUUGUAGAAACAUCUCAAGGAUUAUCAAUGGAAACAGGAUGCACCUGAGCUCAAUUUCGAGUCUCAUAGCAAAGGGUCUGAAUACUUAUGUACAUAAGGUAUUUCUGUUUUUUAUUUUUAAUACAUUUGCAAACAUUUCAAAAAACUUGUUUUCGCUUCGUCAUUAUGGGGUAUUGUGUGUAGAUUGCUGAGGAAUUGUAUUUAUUUAAUCAAUUUUAGAAUAAGGCUGUAACGUAACAAAAUGUGGAAAAAGUCAAGGGGUCUAAAUACUUUCCGAAGGCACUGUAUGUAGCCUACUAUGAGAUUGUGAGUGUCCACAUGUGCUUGUGUUUGUGUAUUCAAAUUAAAGUCGGCCUCUCUCGCUCUCUCUCUCUCUCUCUGUCUGUCUCUCUCUCUCUCUCUCUCUCGAUAGAGAAGUCAGAGAAGUCGAGAAUAGCAGAGAUCGCAAACACAAAAACGAUCCAUCAAAUAGGCUCCCCCAGAACCCAAUCAUAUAUCUCAGAUCAUCUCUCUCUCUCUCAAUAUACCCUCUCCUCUCUAGAUCUCGCUCUCUCAUCUCUCUCUCUCUCUCUCUUCUCUAUCUCUCCCAUCAUCUCUCUCUCUCUCCCAUCAUCUCUCUCUCUCUCAGUGCAUGCUGUGAGUAUUUUGUAGUUGAGAGUCCGUGUGGAGGGCUCUGUCCUUACCUAUUUUCUUGAUUCUUUCAAUUUUUAUUUUCUAUGGUGGAGGGUUAAUGGACUGUUAGUUUAGCGAUACCCACUGUUUUCUUUUUAAAAGUUAGGGAGGAAGAGGACAGAGUUUGUAGUUUCCUGGGGUUUGAAUGGUGUGGUGUGCGUGAUGGCUUCACAGCCUAGCGCGGAGGAGACGCUGUCGUUACGGCAUGGAUUCAGCUGUUCCUGAGAAUGGAAUUAAGGUGGAGGAGGUUCUGCUCGCGAUUGGCGAACAGGUAGGAGCUGAAUUUAUACAUUCCGCAUCCACAAUGAACAAAGUUGUGGUUGUGUUCAUGAAAAAAGCAAAUUAGGUGAGUAGGCUCAUUGCUAGGGGAAUAUUUGUAAGGAAUGUGUUGGUGCCGAUUUUUCCUCUUUCGACUCCUUCGACUCGGGUGGUAGUUGCAAAUCUGCCUCCGUUUAUUAUGGAUGAUCAAAUCCGGAAAGAGCUGAGUUGUUUGCUAGUGGUUCCGUGUACAGGCAGAUGCCAUUAAGCAUGUUGUUUUGUUCCGGAAAGCAAGUGUUCAUGUUUCUGAACAACAAUGAACAACAGUUAAAUGUGCAUUUUAAAGUGAGGCAUGGGAAUGGGCCCUACGCAGGGUUUGUCAGCACAGAUAGUCUACGGUGCUUUGAGUGAAUUUGGGGCAUAAGAGCUUUGCGUGCCCACAUAAAGGCCGUAGACAAGGUGAGGGUACAAGCGCCAGUGGGAGAAAUCGAGGUCAACGUGCAGGGGGCCAUGAGACGCAGGGAGCAGAGGCUGGGCCUAGUCAUGCUAUAGAUGGUGGUGUAGGUGAGACUGGGUCUAGUCAUGUUAUGGAUGGUGGUGUAGCUGAGACUGGGUCUAGUCAUGUCAUGGAUGGUGGUGUAGCUGAGACUGGGUCUAGUCAUGUCAUGGAUGGUAGUCAGGUUAUGCUAGUGGAUGAGGAGUAGAGUGGGGAAGCGGAAGAGGAAAAAGGGGGAGAAGAAAGGAGGUGGGAGGGGAGAGGCUGGUGUGAUGAAAGGCACCAAGGAACCUUUUCCUGGUGCUGGGGGGGGAGGCCCCGACUAGAGAGAAAGGGCAGGUGGUCAGGAUGGGAGAUGGAGAUGAGGAGGAGGAAGGUGAGUCUGAGGAAGAGGAAGAUGAGGAGGCUUUCUUUUCAGACUCCUCCUCAAUGGGUCCAGAGCUGACAGCCAGUCAGGGAGAGGGGUCAAAGUACACGGUGAGGGAACUGUCAAGUUUCCUGAAUGAGACUAAAGGGAAAAAGGUUUAUCUUGAAGCUUUUUUUGUGAUCCGGGGAAGUUUGUAAGAUCAGUACAACACGCUAUGAAAAUGAGGGGCAUGGGUCACAACCGUACGUAAGGUCUACCUUCAGAUGGUGUUUAGAUGAAUAGUUUUUUCAGUCACUGGUGCUAUUUGAGCUUUGCUAUUGGUCUCUUUCUUUGCUUGCUUUUCUCCCACUUCUUAUGGAGACUCUUCGGGUAGGCUCGCUUAAUAUAAAUGCCACCAGAGAUGCAGGAAAGAGGAGUCUGUUGGGUGAAUAUGUAAAACAAAAAAAAGUACAGGUGUUGUUUCUGCAGGAGACGCAUAGUGAUGUGGUGAAUGAAGUCGUUUGGGGGCUCUGGUGGAAAGGGGCAAGUGUGCUGAGCCAUGGAACAAAUGCUAGUGCAGGGGUGGCAGUCCUUUUUGCACUGUGUCUGGCCGUAAAAUUGUGCUCCUCAAAGGAGGUGUGUAGGGGUAGACUGCUUGUAGUAAAAGCAGAAAUUAAGAACAGUGGUUUUGUCCUUAUAAAUAUGUAUGCGCCUAACACAGGGGGAGAGAGGGGGCAUCUGUUUGGGUGUCUUAGACAGGAACUCUCACAGGUAGCGCCCGAGUAGACGCUGGUGGUCGGCGGGGACUGGAACUGUAUGAUGGAUUUUACGAAAGACAGAAAUGGGGAGGAGCCUCAUUCAGGCUCCGUGGGGGUGUUAAGGGACAUCAUUAAUCAGUUUGACCUAGUGGAAGUUUGGAGAACUAGACAUCCCAACACAAGACAGUAUACAUGAGUGAAGUUCUUUGGGGCUAGGUUGAGUGCAGCCCGACUCAAUCGGUUUUACAUGUCUAGGAAUCAGAGCAAUAGGCUGUUGGGCACUAUCAUUCUCCCGGUGGGUUUCUCUGAUCACCACAUAACCAUAGCUCGGCUGUCUAUUUCACCAGGGCCUCGGAAGGCAUCCUAUUGGAAGUUGAAUGUAAAGCUCUUACAAGAUGCCACCUUUUGCUCUGUUUCCAGACUUUUUGGGAAAGGUGGGGACAGCGAAGAGAGGAGUAUGAGUCUCUGAAUCAGUGGUGGGAUGUGGGAAAACUCAAAAUUAGGCUUUUCUGUCAACAGUAUACAGCUCUCUCAUCAUCAGAGGCUAGGAGAGUAUUGGGGGAACUUAAGCGUAGUAUCAGUGAAUUGGAGGUAGAGCUGGUGGGGCAAGGCAAUGUAGGCCUCCAGGCUAAUUUAGCUGAAUUACGUUGGGACCUGGGCAGUUUUUUCCAGGUUAAAGCAAAUGGAGCACUAAGAGCUAGGUUCUCCAUGCUCAAGGAGAUGGAUGCUCCCAGCUCCUUCUUCUUUGGUUUGGUUUGGAAAGACAGAGCGGUGAAGCCAAGUGUAUGCAUUGUCUACGGCUGUCGGAUGGGCGGGUGACCUCUGUGGUGGGGAGAUGCGGGAGCGGAGUUUUAUGCUGAGUUGUAUAGGGCAGAACUGUGUGAUCCUAUGUGUGCUCAGGUUUUGUUUGCAGAACUCCCUAAGCUCUCUCUGGCACAGAGGGAUGAAAUGGACAUUCCCCUGUUGUCCCAUGAACUGGCAAACCCAGAUGUCCCCCGGCCGUGCACUGGGGUCGAUGGACUCCCAGUGGAGUUUUAUAAAAAUUCUGGGGAAUAAUUGGACUGGACUUAUUUUGCGUGUUGUGUGAGUGCAUCGGGGUAGGAGAGUUGCCGAUGAGCUCUGACGGCUCUGACUCUCCUGCCCAAAAAAGGGGACUUGUGUGAACUUAAGAACUGGAGGCCUGUGGCAUUGCUCUGUGCGGACUACAAUAUAUUUGCCAAGGUCCUCGCUAACAGACUGAAGUCCCAUCUGGACUCUAUAGUACACAAGGACUAGACAUAUUGUGUACCCGGGACGCUCAAUCACGGACAACUUGUUCUUAAUCAGGGACAUCUUGGACUUGUCGAGAGGUUCUAAUGUGAACUUUGGACUGGUCUCUCUAGAUCAAGAGAAAGCUUUUGACAGAGUGGACCAUGAGUAUCUGUUUAAUGUGAUGUCUGUGUUUGGGUUUGGGGAAAGGUUUUUGGCCUGUGUGAAGAUGUUGUAUGCUGGGGCGUCAUGUAUGGUCAAGGUGGGUGGGGGGCUCAGUAGGCCAGUCUGGGUGAGGCGGGGCAUUAAACAAGGAUGCCCUCUAUCGGGGCAGUUAUAUGCACUAGCCAUUGAGCCUUUUUUGGGCCUGCUAUGCAGGAGACUGCAAGGAGUGUGCUGGACAGGCAUGGGUGUGUUGACAGGCAUAGCAGUGUAAGCGUAUGCAGAUUACGUUUCUGUGAUGGUCAGGGAUGGUCAGGAUAUGCAGGCACUAGAGACUCGUCUGAAGGUGUACGAGGGAACUUCGUCAGCUAAGGUGAACUGGGGCAAGAGCAAAGCUCUGUCACAGGCAGUGGUGUCAAGACUGGCCAGGUGGAGGUGGCUCCUGUCCCAAGUGUCAUAUAGAGGGAGGGUGCUGAUAAUCAACAACCUGGUGGUAUCUUCCCUGUGGCAUAAAAGGCUGUCCUCAACCCCCCUGCCGGUCUGCUCGCAGACCUGCAACGCAAGCUGGUGGAUUUUUUCUGGUCGGGCCAUUACUGUCUGAGGGCGGCAGUGUUGUAUAUGUCCAUAAACAAAGGAGGAAAGGGCCUGGUGGAACUGGAGAGCAGGGUGGCUGCAUUCCGACUAAAGGCGGCUCAGACACUGCUGUACCAUACUGAUGUCGGCUGGAGGGAAGCAGCAUGCACACUGCUGAGGAGAGCUGGCAGAUUAGGGUUGGACCGACAGCUGUUCCUCAUGAGGCUGGAGAGGCUGAGUACAGCAGGUCUCUCUGAUUUUUACUCUGUGAUGCUGAGGGCCUGGCAGCUGCUAAGGCCCACACGAGAAGGGGGUGUGGAGCCUGGGCUGUGGGUGUGGGAGGAGCCUAUCUUCAACAACCCAGCCAUCCUUUUGAGAUAAGUUCAGUCGGCCACCCUGCAGAGGCGACUGAUGGCAGCGGGUUUACUAAGGCUGGGUGACCUGCGACUGCUGGGAGAGGAGGGGUGGAAAACCCCGGAAGUCCUGGCACAACAAACAGGACUAACAUCUCUUAGGCUGCUGGAGAGAUUCCUCGGGGAAGUCCAGGAGGCACUGUCUGAGCCGGUAAAGGGGGGUGUUUGAGCGGCCAAAUAGGGAGGGGCCACCAAUGUUUCCGCCACUGCAGCUGACGGCAGAGACUGGGGACUGGCAAGGGGGUCUGGAGAACUUGUUAGGUUUUAACCCUUGAGGGGGUGGGAGGUAAAGCCCUCUACAACCUCUGCAUUAAGGAACAUUAGGAGCCUAACAGGAGUGAAGGCACAUCAGUGGCAGGGGGUAUGUGGGGCAGAGAGUAUGUUAUGUUUUAGAUGGAGGGGGCUCUACAAACUCCCAGUACCAAGGAGGUCAGGGGACCUCCAGUGGAGGGUUCUACAUGGAGCCCUGGCCACAAACAGCUGGUUGGCACGGGUUGACCCGGGAGUUGGACAGGGGUGUCCUUUCUGUGUCAUGAGUGGAACUGUGAUUAAUGUGUUUUCUGUGUGCGCCAUUAAUGUAUCUGUUGGAAUGUCUGUGUGAGAGGUUGGGGGUGGAGUUUACUGUUGGGAUGUUUUUAAUGGGGUACAGGUAUUCAAAUAAGGAGAAUGUGUGUUGUUUAAUUUUCUGUUUGCUCAGGCAAGGUUUGGCUAACAAGGAGGAACAAGGUCAAAGGUGGAGGGAUAACAGACCCUUUACUAUUAUUUAAUGGCGCGCCUUAGCGUGGAAUUUGAGUUCUAUAAAAUGAUAAAAAGUGUGGAGAUGUUUCAGGAGAUAUGGUGUGUCUGUACAGCUGGGGAAGAUGGGAUGGAUAUACGGUUGUAGAAGUGGUCAGGUUUUGGUUAUUGUGAUGUGUGGUGUUGUACUCCCGAGUGGCGCAGUGGUCUAAGGCACUGCAUCGCAGUGCUAGCUGUGCCACUAGAGAUCCUGGUUCAAAUCCAGGCUCUGUCGUAGCGUAGCUCUUAUCCAGAGCGACUGGGAGACCCAUGGGGCGGCGCGCAGUGUCGUCCAGGUUAGGGGAGGGCAGGGAUGUAGCUCAGUUGAUAGAGCAUGGCGUUUGCAACGCCAGGGUUGUGGGUUCGAUUCCCACAGGGGGUAUGUAAAAUAAAAAUGUAUGCACUAACUGUAAGUCGCUCUGGAUAAGAGCGUCUGCUAAAUGACUAAAAUGUGUUGUUUUGUAUCGUGGGCAAGGUGAAAUGAGAAUGUAUCAUUUAAAGAAAGAAAAAGUGAGUCUCUCUCUAACUCUCUCCCGUCAUCUCUCUCUCUCUCUCACUCUGUUCCUCUCUCUCUCUCUCUCUCCCUCUGUUUUUUUCUCUCUAUCUCCACCUCUCCGCCCACCAUUCUCUCUCCCAUCAUCUCUCUCUCUCUCACACACACCUUUUCACCCUUGCCUAUCUCUCUCUCCCCCUCCAUCCCCUCAGCUCUGUUCCUGCUGGGUGUGGUGGGGAUGUAUGUGCUGUGGGUGGAGGGGAUGUAUGUGGUGCAGGUCUAUUUGUCCCACCAGCGCUCCUCUGUGUGUCCCACCUUCGACCUCACCAUCCACUACGGCCUGUCCUUCUUCUUCGCCCCCGUCGGCAUCUCCUUCUGCCAGCUGGCCGGACUCCUCUUCCUCCUCAUUGGCCGGUCCGUACAGAUGCAGUACCACUGAUUGGUGUUGCCGUGACGAUAGGGGGAGGCUUCCGAAACUCUGCAACAAGGUUGGGGCCAAUUCCAUUUCUGUUCAUUUAAUUCUGAAAGUCAACUGAAAUUCCAAUUCCACAUUCCUCUCAUAGAGAAGCAUUGAGGUACAUUUGAAUUUGAAUUUCUGUUUACUUCCUGAAUUGACUGAAUUGAAAAGGAAUUGACCCCAACCCUGAUCUGUAACUUCUCUGUGUUCUGUCAAUCAUCCACCAAUAGAAUGGGACUGGUUACAGUGACGUGUUUCAGUCACUGCGAGUGUUUGACAACAAUGUUUUUAUUUUAUUUAUUUUAUGACACCCUGUACCCCUAUAUUAGUGCACUACUUUUCACCAGAGCCUCUAUAGGGAAUAGGGUACCAUUUGAGACACAGCCAAUGCCUAAAUUCCUUCACCUGACACCUACAGUACUGGGAGACACAUGAUUCGUUGGUUGCGGCUGUUGGUGAUUUGCUUAUGCAGGCUGUCUGCAGUCACAUGUCAGAUGUUGCCAUAGCAGCAAGUAGGAAAUUACGAUGGUAAGGGAUCAGGAGGAGUGUUUUGUUUGUGAAUUCAAAAUCAAAUCAAAACAAAUCAAAUCAAAUGUAUUGGUCACCUCCACAUGGUUAGCAGAUGUUAUUGCGAGUGUAUUGAAAUGCUUGUGCUUCUAGUUCCGACAGUGCAGUAAUAUCUAGCAAGUAAUAUCUAACAGUUCCACAACAAAUAUCUAAUACACACAAAUCUAAGUAAAGGAAUGGAAUAAGAAUAUAUAAAUAUAUGGAUGAGCAAUGUCAUUGUCAGAGCGGCAUAGGCUAAGAUGCAAUAGAUAGUAUAGAAUACAGUAUAUACAUAUGAGAUGGGUAAUGCAAGAUAUGUAAACAUUAUUAAAGUGGCAUUAUUAAAGUGACUAAUGUUCUAUUUAUUAAAGUGGCCAGUGAUUUUCAAGUCUGUAUGUAGGCAGCAGCGCCAAUGUGCUAGUGAUGGCUGUUUAACAGUCUGAUGGCCUUGAGAUAGAAGCUGUUUUUCUCUUUGUUUUGGUAUCCUUAGUCAAAUGGUUUUAGAAGGCUGCUACUGAGUGUGUUGAGGUGUGCUUUAACAUAAAUGAAGGGCGAACAAGUCACUUUAUAUGCUGCUCAUAUAUAGAUUUUGUUACCACUUUAUAAAUUGAAUACAUGCGUAUUCCUUUUUCAGUUAUUAACUAAUUUUGAGAGGAAAUGUGAAUGCCUCACCAUGAUAAAAGCAUGCUGCGGGAAGAGUUAGAAAUAAAUCAUAGAAGUGGAGAUUAGAUAAUCAUAAAGUGAUUCAUAUUAAUGAUCGGGGCAUUUCACUGCAUGAUUUUAAUUUGAUUUUGAUAUUCAGCCUUCUUGACACUGCACUGUGAGUUAGUCCUUAUUUUUGGUCAAACAAGUCAAUCAGAUAUCUUAGCGCCUGUAGAGAAAAACGUGUGUUAGAGUGAAUGAAUGGUUAAUAUAAGAGCCAUAUAUUUAGAAUAUAUAAAUAUUCUGUAUGGCUCGGGUUAAAAUGUUUGAGUAAAGUACUUGUUUGCUUUGUAAAUGCACUGAACAAAAAUAUAAUCUCAACAUGCAACCAUUUCUAAGAUUUUACUGAGUUACAGUUCAUAUAAGGAAAUCAGUCAAUUGAAAUAAAUUCAUAAGGGCCCUAAUCUAUGGAUUUGACAUGACUGGGAAUAUAGAUGUGCUUCUGUUGGUCACAGAUACCUUAAAAAAAAAAAGUAGGGGCGUGGAUCAGAAACCCGGUCAGUAUCUGGUGUGACCACCAUUUGCCUCAUGCAGCGCGACACAUCUCCUGAUUGUGGCCUGUGGAAUGUUGUCCCACUCCUCUUCAAUGGCUGUGCGACGUUGCUGGAUAUUGGCGGGAACUGGAACACACGUACACGUCGACCCAGAGCAUCCCAAACAUGCUGAAUGGGUGACAUGUCUGGUGAGUAUGCAGGCCAUGGAAGAACUGGGACAUUUUCAGCUUCCAGGAAUUGUGUACAGAUCCUUGCGACAUGGGGCCGUGCAUUAUCAUGCUGAAACAUGAGGUGAUGGCGGCGGAUGAAUGGUACGACAAUGGGCCUCAGGAUCUCGUCACGGUAUCUCUGUACAUUGAAAUUGUCAUCAAUAAAAUGCAAUUGUGUUUGUUGUCCGUAGCUUAUGCCUGCCCAUACCAUAACCCCACCGCCACCAUGGGGCACUCUGUUCACAAUGUUAACAUCAGCAAACCACUCAACCACACAAUGUCUGCCAUCUGCCUGGUACAGUUGAAACCCGGAUUCAUCCGUGAAGAGCACACUUCUCCAGCGUGCCAGUGGCCAUCAAAGGUGAGCAUUUGCCCACUGAAGUCAGUUACGACGCCGAACUGCAGUCAGGUCAAGACCCUGGUGAGGACGACGAGCACGCAGAUGAGCUUCCCUGAGACGGUUUCUGACAGUUUGUGCAGAAAUUCUUCAGUUGUGCAAACCCACAGUUUCAUCAGCUGUCCGGGUGGCUGGUUAUGAGGCCGGUUGGACAUACUGCCAAAUUCUCUAAAACGACAUAGAGAAAUGAACAUUAAAUUAUCUGGCAACAGCUCUGGUGGACUUUCCUGCAGUCAGCAUGCCAAUUGCAUGCUACUACAAAACAUCUGUGGCAUUGUGUUGUGUGACCAAACAUUUCAGAGUGGCCUUUUAUUGCCCCCAGCACAAGGUGCACCUGUGUAAAAAUCAUGUUGUUUAAUCAGCUUCUUGAUAUGCCACACCUGUCAGGUGGAUGGAUUAUCUUUGAAAAUGAGAAAUGCUCACUAACAGGGAUGUAAACAAAUGUGUGCACACAAUUAGAGAGAAAUAAGCUUUUUGUGCAUAUGGAAGAUUUCUGGGAUAUUUUAUUUCAGCUCAUGAAACAUGGGACCAACACUUUACAUGUUGAGUUUAUAUUUGUGUUCAGUGUAGUAGAUAAUGUAUCGAACAAAUUAAAUUACUACAUAUGCAGGUUAAAACACGAAUAAAUUGAUCAAAUAUUAUUUGUGAAUGUGUUUUUUGGAGGGAUUUUAUUCAAAAUGAAAGUGUAGUUGUUGUGUUUAUUACUUGAACAUUCACAUAACAAAGGCUGAUUUUAUGAUCAAAACAUACUCUCUCCUUCAGUGGUUUUUCUGGCUUUUACUCAUUCAAUCUAUUUCAAUCAAGAGCCAUGAAGUUAUCGCAAAGUAUUGGGACAUGGCGAGGAAAUUUAUGUUUUGGACGUGACACAGACAGGUAUAACCACUGUUCUCUAAACCAAUAUCCAUGUUUUAUAAUAUCAGCUACUGCCUUUUUCUCUUUGGUGGCAGCUGUGCAUUUGAUUUGGCUAAGAGGAUCACCAUUACAGAAUAUUCAAACCCAGACUGUCCCCACCAUGCCAAAAGCACUUGGGGGAAAAAACACUAGGUAAACUUAGACACAUCUGAUGUUUACAAUGCCUAUUUGAAUCUACAGGUGUGCCUCAUUGAAAAUACCAUCUAGUCAAAUGUGUCUAAUGACUGUCUGUGGCAUGGUCUGCCUUGGUCUGUAGUGUGUACAAUAGUGUACUCUCAGAGCACCACUCUUCACAUCUAGACAGUGCUCUGCUGUAG